CGCUUUCUGAGGAAACCCUUCACAACGCCAGUCAUAAGUUUCCUAUUUUUUAAAGCUUAUUUUUGCUCGGUAUUCGACCAUUUUGGAAUCUGUAACCUUUCUGUAAGUCUUCAUGUGAGUCCUUUUCGUGUCUGUAGACGUUUGGAGGCGUUUUAUGAGCAGCUGGUUUUCCCCUUUUCAGUGUUUUAGGGAAUGAAGGCCAAGAUGGCAUCAUAUCUGACUGUUUUCCUGUUCCUGUGCAUGGACGUAUGUGUGGUGAUGUUGUUCGGGGUGACCCGGCUUUCCCCUCUGGUCGUUCCUUAUUCCUUUACAACGCUUUGGGUCGGAGGACUGCUGAGGUUCACCGCGCUUGUCCUCGUCGUCUUUUUUUACCCGGCGAGCCCGGCGUGGAUGAAGCGUACGAGCGGAGUCCAGACCCUUGCUGUGCACAGUUUGGUCUAUCCUGCGUACGUCACACUGCGGUGGGCAUGCGGCUGGUCCACACUGGAGCUCAUCUGGGGCUGGCACACGUGGCAAGGACUGCUUCAGAGCUACGCCGUCUCGGCUCUCUCGCUGCUGCUGUGGGAACGUUAUGUGCCCUCCGUCCACACAAAGAAGGAGGAAAAACCUAAGGAGAAAGGCCAGGCUUCUCUGCAAAGGCUGCUGGGAUACUUAAAGCCGUACCAGGGCCGGUUCACGGCGGUCCUCCUGUUCGUGGUCGCUUCCUCUCUCGGUGAGAUGGCUAUUCCUCAUUACACGGGUAAAAUCACCGACUGGAUCGUGAAGGAGGACGAACCCGAUGCUUUCUCUAACGCCAUUAAAAUCAUGUCGAUCUUGACCGUCAUGAGCGCCGUGUUUGAGUUUGUGUGUGAUCUGAUGUACAACAUCACCAUGAGCCUCGUACACACCGCCAUCCAGAGUCAGGUGUUCGAGUCCGUGCUGAAACAGGAAAUCGCCUUCUUCGAUAAAAGUUCCUCAGGUGAACUCGUGUCCCGGAUCACCAAAGACACCAACGAUAUGAGCGAGUCCCUGAGCGAAGAGCUCAGUCUGCUCAUGUGGUACACCAUGCGUUUAAUCUUCCUCUACGGCUCCAUGCUGCUCCUCUCCGUGCCCCUGUCCGUCUUCACCAUCCUCGGCCUUCCCGUCAUUUGGAUCGUCCCGGAAUUUUCCGGAAAGUUCUACCAGACACAUGCGGUCAAAGUGCAAGAGUCUCUGGCCAAAUCGAACAGCGUCGCCACGGAGACGUUCUCCUCCAUCAAGACGGUGAAAAGCUUCGCCAACGAGGACGGAGAGUCGGAGAGAUACAAGAAGUGCUUGGAGCACACUUACUCGCUCAACAAAGUGGAAGCGGCUGGUUAUGCUGCAUCGACCUGGACCAACAGCAUGUCCAGUCUGGCCUUAAAAGUGAGCAUCCUGUACUAUGGAGGUCAGCUGGUGGCAGGAAAUUCUGUCAGCAGCGGUGAUCUGGUGUCUUUCGUGCUGUUCGAGAUCCAGUUCAGUCACGCUGUGGAGGCUCUGAUGUCCUACUACCCACGGGUGAAGAAAGCCGUCGGCGCCUCAGAGAAGAUCUUCGAGUACGUGGACCGGAAGCCUGAUGUUUCUCCUGAAGGUUCUCUAGCUCCCAAGACGCUCAGGGGUCACGUUCGCUUCAACAACGUCACUUUUGCGUAUCCUACGCGGCCGGACGAGAACGUUCUGAAAGGCGUUUCUCUGGAGCUGAAACCGGGAGAGGUCACCGCUCUGGUUGGUCCAGCUGAUGCUGGAAAAAGCACCAUAGUCAGGUUGCUUGAGAGGUUUUACAAGACGGAGAAAGAAGAGAUCUUACUGGACGGCCGUCCGCUGCAGGACUACAAGGAUCAAUAUCUUCACGAGAAGAUCAGCGUGGUCGCCCAGGAGCCCACCCUGUUCGCCCGCUCCAUUAGAGAGAACAUCAAAUACGGGAAAGCAGACGCCACCGAUGAAGAGAUGUACGAGGCUGCUAAACAGGCCAACGCUCACAAAUUUAUCAGUGGCUUUCCACAUGGCUACGACACCAAUGCUGGAGAAAAAGGAGACGAAGUGUCCGGAGGUCAGAAGCAGCGAAUAGCCAUAGCGAGAGCCCUGAUCCGGAAGCCGCAGAUCCUCAUUCUAGAUGAUUCCACGAGUGACCUGGAUGCUGAGAGCGAGCAUAUGGUGCACCAGGCCCUCCUGAAGAAUUCAAAAGGUCGCACCGUGCUGCUCAUUACCAACAAGAUGGGCGGUGUGGAGAUGGCCGAUAACGUGGUGUUCCUGCAGGGCGGAGAGGUGCUCGAGCAAGGCAACCAUGACAGUCUGCAGAAGAGAAACGGACGGUACGCCGAGUUCGUCCGGCUUCAGAACACCAGCUUCCAUCGUAAGGCUCAGGAAGACAGCUGAACCUUCAUCUUUAUGAAGUAACGACAUGAAUUUAUCACACCGUAUCAGCCCACUUAUAAUAUGAUUCCUGGCAUAUACAGUAUUUCCGCCUGUAGGAAAUAAAUCUAUCAAACCCUCAAUGGCACAGAGAUUAAAAUAUGCAAAACAAAUAUGCCAGUAUUCACAAGAUGUGUACCGCCUACAUAGCACCUUCAUAACAUCAUGUGUGAACUCUUAUUAUGGUAUUCAUUAUGUUUAGAUCAAUAUUCGCAAUAAAAUAGUAUAUAAAUGUAUUAUUUUAUUUAACAAAACACAUUAUGAAUCUUGAUCUAAACAGUUAUGUAUACCUUAUGAAGUGUGCGUAGAUAUUGAGGACUAUUACAUUGAGGAUUAGUUGAAAUUCCACUGGAAAUGAAGCUUCAUAACAGUGUUAUAAACACCCAUACCGUUAAAAUAAGAGUAAAGCACAUGAACACGCAGGUAACCACACGCUGGGCCAAUAAAUAGGUGUGGAGUAAAAAUACAGAAAAUGUGUAAACACACUGUAUAUAAAACCCUUGGGAGUGUGCUGUUAUAGGGGAAAAACAAACAGCAUACAUAGAAGGUUUUAUCCUUUAUCCUUUUUUAAUAUGUUUAUAGUUACAUUUAUUUUCAAGAAACGUCCACAAAACUGGCUCGUUCCCCUUAUCGCUUAUGUUAUAGCAGAUAAGGGCCUAAGGUAAGGGCCUUGCUGGGGCUUGAACCCUGAUCAACAACGCAGAGCCUCAGCCACCACUGACCCCAACUUAUGUACUAUUGCAUAUGUUGGAAUAAAACGGCGGCUUACAAAUUCUCUAGCCGGUAAAUAGCUGUUAAUCCUUUGUUUUGUAGAUGAUGUGAAGACAUGGUGACCAUCUAGAAUAUCAACAAUCACGUAAUAGCAUCAACCACAAGUCUACAAUGUAAAUACAACAAAAACAAGUCAGGAAUAACAACAUUUUCACUCAGAUAUGGUAAAAAUGACUCAUUUUUCUCAGGUAAUCUUGGGAAUACUGGCAUAAAACACUUGUGAUCGCUAUAUGAACAUGUCAUACAUUGAUUAUGUGUGCACUAAAAUGCUUCUGUUGUCUCCAACAAUAAAAAUAAUGUGUUUCUUUUAGGGUUUAAACGUGCGGUGAAAUGAAUCUAUUGACUAUUAAGUUAAUUGUAUUACACAUAAAUUAUAACUUAUAAGUUAUGCAUAACUCACUCCUUAUUGUUGUCAUGUCCUGAAAGUUUCCCUACAUCUGAUGUUUGUAUAAAGAGUUUGUACUAUUGUAAAUUUUAGGAUUUUUAAAUUAGGUGUAAAUAUCACAGCCUUUAAAAAAAUAGUACAAAAGAUCAUUUUUCCUCAUGACUCCCAACCGAAGUGCAGCCAGUGGGACUGUGAAAAUGCUCAUUGUUUUUUUUUUUCUUUAUGCUUACUUUUUUUCCAUUUUAAGCCACUGAAAUAUCACUGUAUGUUAUGUUUUUUUUUUUCCUUGUACUCCAACCAAUAAAAUAUCACAGAACAUGAAGAGCA